UAAACGGUUAAUUUCGAAAUUUUAAAUUAAAGUUAAAACUUUCUUCAAAUAUUUAAAGUCAAUAAUAAUAAAAAAAGUGUGGUCAGUGAUAGACAGGAUUUAAAGAUUUGGCGAAAUUUGGUUUUACGAAAUCUGUUAUUUGAAAUAAUGAAACCAUCAAGCAAGCAAUACAGAAGCCUGUGUAGUCUUUUAAUCCUGGUGGUUCACAUGUCUGCGCAUGCGUCAGCCGGCUCACAAUUCUCGUCGCAUAUUUCCGUAAAUACGCCAGCGAGAAGUUACACACAUGGCGUCGGAGACCCGUUACCUGUUGGGAGAGGAGCCACCUACCACCAGAAGCCUAACCAGAAUAAGCCUUCUUUUAGAACUUUAAGACGUUUCACGUCACAAAACCAUAAGGGGGGAGGGUACCCCCGAGUGCGACCAACGGUACCUUUCAACAACGAAGAAAGGCCUUACAUUAACAAUUUCAAGACCUCCACUUGGCAUCUUAACGAUUUUCAGGAAAUCAACAUUCCGAUUUUGCCACCAUCGCCGUACAAAGUGGAUUCUCCCGACCCUGAAUCGUUGUGGCCUGAAGGUCUGUUCCUUCCGCCGAUUAAGCCAUUAAACUUCGGGUCUAACUACGGACAGCGUUCUGAUGAUGAAGCAGAAUUAGACCUGGAUCCUUAUCUAAUAGAAGGUACAGAAGCUAUCGCCGCAGUGAAGAGAGCUAAAGGUCACGGACAUCUGUACUUCCACGAGAUUCCUCACAUCAACUCUUUACUAGCUAAUCAAGAACUUCGACAGAAAAACAACUUGAAACCACAUCGCUUAGGCAGUAUACGUCAGACUUGGCCGUAUAAUCGACCAUAG